CCGCCUCUCGUCUUUCGCCUUUCCCUGUCGCCAGCCAGCGCAGCGGAUUGCACAAUUAAGGAAAGAAAUUAAGAGCUUGAAAAGACAGACAAUGAUGCUGGAUAUCGGUACUGAAGGUCUGCGGCCAGCCGACACAUCCACCAGACACACAGAAGACUCUGUCACGUGGGUCAACACGCACACCGCACACACGAGCAACAAACAGAGUAACUGAGAUGGGUGCCGGCGUUGCGUUUGUGUGUUUGUUGCAGAGCUGAGGGCCCGAGGGACGAGGAUGGGCGUCUUCACGGCAAGGGAAAGGAGAGGUGGCCUGACGGCACAGACUAUGAGGGUGGCUACAGGUCAGCAAUAGAUUGACACCGGCAAAGAAAACGAAUGGCCCACUGCCUACCUACCUGAGAUCAUGCGUCCAUUCGGCCACUCACUCGUUCGUUGGUCAGCCACGGGAUGAAGCAUGGUGAGGGUUGCUUUCGGUGGCCUGAUGGGGGGUCCUACACGGGGCAAUUCAAAGACGAUUUCAUGCACGGUACGUACGCACACAACACAGACAGAUGCGGUGCGGCCAAUCGAAUGCCUCCCUCCCCGACACACACACUCAGCCAGCCAGCAACGUGUUGUGUGUUGUGACUACAGGUCAGGGUGUCUAUCGCUUCGCGGAUGGGCGCGUGUACACUGGACAGGUGGGGUGGGGGAUAGAACGCAUCGCAUCGACAGGACAGACACGCAACCUAAUCUGCCCCCUCGCGUCUCUCCCUCAUUGCUCCGUCAACCCACGUCGAUAUAUCAGGUGGCAAAUGGCCGCAUGGAGGGACACGGAACGUUCGAGUAAGACAGGCAGACAGACGAGCGUCAGUACAGAUGGACUGACUCACCAGACGGCGCCUUGUUUGCCCAUUCAUUCGCCAGGUGGCCAGACGGCCGCAUCUACAAGGGUGCGUAUCGAGAUGACAAGAAGGAGGGCUUCGGAAUGUUUCGGUGGACCGACGGGCGGUGCCACAGGGGCAUGUGGCAGAGCGGCAAACAGAGCGGGGAGGGCGUCUUCACCACCGUCCAGGGCGAAUCGAGGAGGGGUAUGUAAGCUAACCUAACCGCACGCAGAGAGAUUGAUCGACCCAUUUGUUGACGAACUCGGUGUGUGUACUUGUGUUUAUUCCUCCCUCCCCUCUCUCUCUCUGUGCCUGUCUGUCAGGUGUGUGGCAGGAAGGGAAGCUGGUCAAGUGGACGAGCGACCCCUUCGACGACCCCAACCCCCCGUCGAUCGAGGAGGUGGUGUCCAUCCAGGUCAUCGCCCCGCACACACCGCCCCCACACAACGAGAUCAUCCUGGAGGAGCAGCUUCCCUCACCCGCAUCACCAAACAGCGAAGAGCCCACACAGGACCACCCAGAAGCAGCACCAACAGGGCAGGAGACAGCCAAGCCGCGUCUGAGUGAGGACGAGCACCGGAAUGGUGUCGAUCGGUCGGCUGAUGCGCAGAACGAUGAGGGGGUCGGGGAGGGGGAGGGAGGGAGGGGGCGGAAGAAGAAGAGGGUGCCGCAGGCCAAGUGCUGCCAAGCGUGCGUCAUUGCCUGAUGGAUUGAUGUGUCUGUCUAUCUACCGAGACAGAGCCUAUCUAUAUAGAACGAAAGGUCUGGGUGUGUGAGUGGUUUGUGGGAAUAGGUGUCUUUGUGUCAAUUCAUUCGUUCGCCGAGGGUCGCAGGGGCGUGUGUUUGUGACGGGGGAAGAAACAACACAUAUUAGAUAGAGGACGUCGUGCUCAUCCGUUCGUUCUUCGUGGGGACGGAAGUUGUGUCUAGGCCCAAUUAGUUGCG